AUGGAUAAUUUUGAUUUUUCACUUGCAAUUUUCGUCGGAAUCGAGAGUUUUCUGUCGCUGAUAAUCGUCGUUGGCAAUAUUCUAGUGGCCCUCGCACUGACCAGGAUGUUGGGCCCUGGCCGAUUACGCCGGAAGUCGUCGCACGAGCUAAUCCUUUCCUUGGCCGCAGCUGAUCUUUGUGUCGGCUUGAUUAGCAUUCCCCUAACAGUUGCUGCUAGAAUUGGUUUCUUUUCGACUGUUAUUGCUUGCUCCGGAGCUUUAGCUUCCAUCCAAGUUCCGCACUUUGCUUCUCUCUUCGGCUUGGUGUUCAUUUCAAUCGAGCGGUUUCUGACUGUUUCUAACAGCAGCAGCAGAAGUCGACUCGCAAACAAGAUGUUCAUUGGCUCGACUUGGGGAUGCUCCUGUAUUUUGUCUGUACUACCUCUUCUCGUAAAAUUGGCAAAAGGAGAAGAUGAAGCGGUGGAAACCUGCUCGUUCGGCACCGCAACACCAAGGUGGUACUCGAUUCUCUGCCUGGCCAUCUUUAUCCUCUGCAUCCUCAUCAUCUCCACCUUCUAUUUCCGCAUGUCCAGAGUCGCCAUCGCGGCUCAGAAAAAGAUCCGAGCCCGCCGAUCGACAAUCAUUUUCCCCAAUAUCAAUGCGGCCCCAAAGCGGAGUUUUUCAAUGCCAGACGUUUCCCGACUCAACUAUCAAGUGAUCCACAGCUCAAAAGCGGACAUGAUCUUGCAUCCUUCAUGCGAUUUGGAAAGCGGGAGCCAGGAAACUCUUUCUUCUGGAUAUUGUUCUCAAGGAUCAACCGGUUCUGGCUGCGAAGAAUCAAUUUCCGGCGACUCCCAAAAGACCUCAUCCAACUUCCAAGUUAUGAAGAACAAGAUCCUAGCCGUCUCGAACAAGUCCCUCCACAUGAUCCACAAAUUUCAAACAAAACGAGAUGCCCUUACCGUUUCCGAAAAAGCUGGAGAAGUGAUGAUUCUUCUUGUUGCGACGAUUUUCUUGACUCAAGUUGGAUUCUUCCUUGCUCCGUUUUUGACGACUUUUGCUGCUUCUCCGAUUAUAUCGAUGAUUGGUACCACUCUUCUGCAAAUUAACUCAUCACUCAACCCACUACUCUACUCCAUGCGAGUGAAGCCGGUUCGAACAAGUUUGAUGAAUCUUUUCAAGCGAAGAGAAUCUGCUCAAUUUUAUUUGUAA